AUGUGCGAGGUGGAACUGUCGGAGAACGCUGGCUACUUCCGCUAUGAUCCUCACGUGUGCUCGGUGGAGGCAAUCCGCUCCCACAUAGAGGACAUGGGGUUCGAGACCCCCACCGACGUCGCUGACGACGAAACCAAAAAUCUCCUACCGAAAGAGAUCCCCACGGACAUGUUGAUCGACAUGUCAGGGCCUACGGAGAGCGAGGUGCUACUGUCAGUCGUCGGCAUGACCUGCCAGUCCUGCGUCAACAGCAUUGAAGGGCGGCUGCGGGAGCUGGACGGGGUGCGGGACGCGCGCGUGCGGCUGGCGGAGGGCGAGGCACGAGUGCGGGUGGCGCGGGGGCGGGUGACACCGCGCCAGCUCGCGGACGCCAUCUACGACCUGGGCUUCGACGUUGCAAUCCUCGCCGUUGAUGGCCAGCCUUACUCAGAAUCUCUAUCACAUAAUAAAAACAAUCACGACGCAGCCGGCGAUGGAAUCAAACCAAAUUCUCCUGCGAAGACACAACCCAAUGGUACGUGUGGGGCGGACGCUGCGGCGAGCGCGCGCUGCACGCUGGACGUGCGCGGCAUGACGUGCGCCUCGUGCGUCGCCGCCAUCGAGAAGCACUGCGCCAAGAUACGCGGCGUGCAGUCAGUGCUAAUAGCUUUGUUAGCUGCUAAGGCUGAAGUCCGGUACGAGCCCGACAAAGUUUCCGCGGCUGACAUAGCAGAAUCCAUCACGACGCUGGGAUUCCCCGCAGAAGUCCUCAGCGAUGGUGACGAAUGUGGACAGAGGGAGCUUAUAUUGAAUAUAAAAGGCAUGACGUGUGCGUCGUGUGUGAGCAAGAUAGAAAAGACUGUACUUAAACUGAGCGGCGUCGCCAGCUGUGCUGUCGCGCUCGCCACCUCCAAAUGUAAAAUAAAAUACGACUCGGAAUUGAUCGGUCCGCGAACUAUAUGCGAGGCGAUCAACAACUUAGGUUUUGAAGCCAGCGUGACCAGUUCACACAGCCGCGGCGCCACUGACUACCUCGAACACAAGGAAGAGAUAAGAAAAUGGCGAAACGCGUUUCUGGUGUCGCUGUUGUUCGGGGGCCCGUGCAUGGUGGCGAUGGCGUACUUCAUGGCGAGCAUGGCGCAGCACAGCGCGCGGGACAUGUGCUGCGUGCUGCCCGGCCUCAGCCUUGAGAACCUCGUCAUGCUGCUGCUGGCCACACCCGUGCAGUUCAUAGGUGGGUGGCAUUUCUACAAACAGGCGUACAAAGCUCUACGCCACGGAACACCUAACAUGGAUGUCCUGAUCGCGAUGACGACGACUAUCAGUUAUGGCUACUCCCUGGCGGUGGUGAUAGCCUCGAUGGCGAUGCAAAAGGACACGAGUCCUCUGACAUUCUUCGAUACUCCGCCCAUGUUACUGGUCUUCGUUUCACUAGGCAGGUGGUUAGAAAAUAUUGCAAAGGGUAAAACAUCCGAAGCACUAUCCAAGUUGCUGUCAUUAAAACCAACGGAAGCACUACUGGUGACAGUCGACGACGACGGUAAUGAGAUCUUAGAGAAGAACAUUCCAGUCGAUUUGGUCGAAAGAGGCGAUGUUCUCAAAGUACUCCCUGGUGCCAAAAUCCCAGUAGACGGCAAAGUUAUAUCCGGACAGAGCACGUGUGAUGAAUCCCUCAUCACAGGAGAAUCCAUGCCCGUACCCAAGACUAAAGGGUCGCUGGUGAUCGGCGGCAGCGUGAACCAGCUGGGCGCGCUGGUGGUGCGCGCCACGCACACGGGCGAGGCCAGCACGCUGGCGCAGAUCGUGCGCCUCGUCGAAGACGCGCAGGCCAGCAAGGCGCCCGUGCAGCGCCUCGCUGACGCCAUCGCCGGGUACUUUGUCCCCAUGGUGGUGUCCCUUUCGUUGUUAACUCUGAUAUGCUGGACUAUCAGUGGUGCAUUGGACAUCAACAGGAUAAAAGCCAUUACUCCAGAGAUGUACCGCGACGGCACCCGGUGGCAGCUGAUCUUGCAGACGGCGUUCCACUUCGCGCUGAGCGUGCUGGCCAUCGCGUGCCCGUGCGCGCUGGGCCUGGCCACGCCCACCGCCGUCAUGGUGGCCACCGGCGUCGGCGCCAAGCUCGGCCUACUCAUCAAGGGCGCCGAGCCGCUGGAGAACGCGCACAAGGUUAAAACUGUGAUAUUCGACAAGACGGGCACGAUCACUCAGGGCAAAACGAGCGUUGCGAGAGUUUCACUGCUAACGGGCGACGCCAACAGCCUCCCCGACAUCCUGGCCUGCCUGCACACCGCCGAGCUCAACUCCGAACAUCCAGUCGCUUCAGCCAUUGUGCGGUGGUGCGCUGCGGCGCUGAGCGGGGGCGCGGCGGGCGCGGGGGGCGAGGUGCGCGCAGGGGUGUGCGCGGGGUUCGCGGCGGCGCCGGGCUGCGGCCUGCGCGCGCGCGUGCGUCUGCGGCCCGGCCUCACGCCGCCCACGCACUUGCGCGACGCCAUUAACUCCUCCAAGGCGGGCGGGGCGCUGGUAGUGGGCGGCGUACCGGUGGAACUGGUGGAGGCGCAGGGCGACGCCGCGCUCAGUUCCGCGCAGGCCGCUGCGCGCCUGCACCAGCUCAUCCUGCCGCCCGCGCAGCAUCAGGAGGCGGAGCAGGUGGUGGUAGUGGGCAACCGCGAGUGGAUGGCGCGCAACGGCGUGCGCGUGCCGGAGCGCGUGCAGCAGGCGCUGCGCCAGGACGAGCUGCGCGGCCGCACCGCCGUGCUGGCCGCCAUUAACGAACAGCUGGUGUGCACGAUAGGCGUGGCUGACGAGGUGAAGCCGGAAGCACACCUGGCCGUGUACUGCCUUAAGCGCAUGGGGCUGCAGGUGUGCCUGCUCACUGGCGACAACAGGAAGACCGCGCUGGCCAUCGCCAGGCAGGUGGGAAUCAACAAAGUGUACGCAGAGGUGUUGCCGUCACAUAAAGUGGCCAAAAUACAGAAACUUCAGGAGCAGGGGCAAAAAGUAGCGAUGGUGGGCGACGGCGUAAACGACUCGCCGGCGCUGGCGCGCGCGGACGUGGGCAUCGCCAUCGCCAGCGGCACUGACGUCGCCGUCGAGGCCGCCGACCUCGUGCUCAUGCGGAACGACCUGCUGGACGUGGUAGCGUGCCUGGAGCUGUCGCGCUGCACGGUGCGGCGCAUCCGGCUCAACUUCGUGUUCGCGUCCGUCUACAACCUGCUGGGCAUCCCGCUGGCUAGCGGGGCCUUCGCGCUCUACGGCCUGCAGCUGCAGCCGUGGAUGGCGUCGGCAGCGAUGGCGAUGAGCUCGGUGUCGGUGGUCUGCUCCAGUCUGCUUCUCAAAACUUUCAAGAAGUCUACCCCGGAGCAACUACGUACCACGGAGUACUUGCAGACGUUACACUGCUCGGAGCUGGAAGAAGUUUCCGUGCAUCGCGGCCUGGACGAGCGCCCGCACCGCGCCGCCUCGCCGCUCGCUAGAUUAUUCAACCGCACUAAAAGCAGCUCUGGCUGCCUGCUGCAAGAAGACGACGACAUGUUGACCGUCUCGUUCAUCCCUAAGCAAGGUGGAGACCAGCCCACCCAGCUCAGUCGCGACCAGCCCACCAUCAACGGCUGA